AAAGUUGAAAAGACCAAUUAGGUUGGAUUGCCUCGCAAUUUGCAGCGCAAGAUUUGGAAUGCGCGAGAGAUUUUCCACAUCAAUAAGCGCAUGUCCACUAUCGCGCAGAGUUUGGGUGAAUGUGCUACACAGAUGAUAUUCAUUACUUUUCAUUUUGGUGGUGUGUCGUCAAAUAACGUUUCAUUGGGUGUGCGUUCUCUACAAAAAAUACUUGAUAUCUACAAGAAAUUAGGAACUUUUUUACUGGUGGAUAUGGUGAAUAAUGUGCCAUUAGUAAUUGAGACCAUAAUGUCAUAA